AUGACUGUAAGAACUGAAAACUUACCAUGUAAAAAUUAUAUUUAUUCGAUGGCAAAUGAUGAGAAUUCUACUAAAGCGAUAAAAUCUAACAUAUCACCUUGGAAUCAUGGGCGUAUUCAGCGUUCAACGGCUGAACAAUUAUUAUUUGAUAAAAAACUUGGCACAUUUCUUGUUCGUGAAAGUGAACAUUAUCCGGGUGACUACACACUCUCCAUAAAAGAUGAUUCAAAAAUUCAACAUUAUAGAGUAAAAAUAUUGCCAGAUGGCUCGUAUACAGUAGAUGAUGAAAUUUUUUUCGAAGAUUUAAAACAAUUAAUCGAGCAUUAUGAGUUAGAUGCUGAUGGGUUAUGUUGUCGACUUGAACAAGCUGUAUUCAAUAAUAAUAGAAACAUGAACGGUGUGGAUGAUCUAAUAGAUUCGAUUCCACCGAUAUCAACAUUAUUACCUGAAUCAAUCAUUGAUUAUAGAGAAUUAACAGUUGGAAAAACAAUUGGAAGUGGAGAAUUUGCAGAAGUUUAUGAAGGAACAUAUAGAAAAACUCGCGUUGCUAUUAAAGUAUUAAAAGAAUCAAAUUCAGCUGCAUUGUUUCUUCGCGAAGCCGAUAUUAUGUCCUCAUUAAAACACCCGAAUCUUGUUCAGUUAUUAGGUGUUGCACAGAAACCAGAUAAUGUUAUUUAUUUAGUGACAGAAUUUAUGGCUAAAGGAAGUCUGUUGCAUUAUUUAACAACACGUGGAAGAUCAGUUAUAUUAAAGACAGAUUUAUUAGGCUUUGCUAUAGAUACAUGUGAAGGUCUCAGUUAUUUAGAACAAAAUCAUAUUGUUCAUCGAGAUGUAGCUGCAAGCAAUGUCUUGAUAGCUGAUGAUAAUACAGCGAAAGUGAGUGAUUUUGGGCUGGCAAAAUCGGCUGAACAAAAUGAAUGUGAAAGAAUAAAAUGUAGAACAAAAUGGACGGCGCCAGAAGCAUUAGAAUCAAAAAAAUAUACACACAAGAGUGAUAUGUGGAGUUAUGGAAUUUUGUUGUGGGAAAUUUAUUCAUAUGGAAGAUGUCCUUAUCCUAGAAUUCCUGCCAAUGAGGUAUUAAUUAAUUUGAAACAAGGACACAGAAUGGAACCGCCUGAUGGUUGUCCUGUAGAAAUCGGUGAAAUCAUGCGUCAAUCGUGGUUAAAUGAUCCCGAUAAACGUCCAACAUUUUCCAGUAUACUUGAUAGAUUAAAACAAAUUAGAGAACGAUUACUACAAAAUUAG